AACAAAUCGAAAAUCCCAAUCGUUUUUGUUUUUUCUUAUUUUCCAAACAGACCCUUAAGAAAAUGGAGGAAAAUGGCAGUAGAGCUGAAGCCCUACGCCUUCUAGGGAUCGCCGAGAAGCUUCUCCAAAAUCGUGAUUUCAACGGCUCAAGGGAGUUCGCAAUCUUAGCUCAAGAAACCGAGCCCUUAUUAGACGGGUCGGAUCAGGUCCUAGCCAUCGCCGAUGUCCUCCUCGCCGCCGACAAAAAAAUAAACGGUCAACACGAUUGGUACUCCAUCUUGCAAGUUGAUCGCCGAUCCGAAGACAACGAUCUCAUCAAGAAACAGUAUCGUCGCUUAGCUCUCCUUCUUCACCCCGACAAAAACAAGUACCCUUUCGCCGAUCAUGCGUUUAAGUUUGUAGCCGAUGCAUGGUCCGUUUUAUCGAACAGCUCAAAAAAAUCUCAAUUCGACAAAGAAUUAAGCUUUUUCACCAGGAUUGAUUUCAGCAACGCCGGCGAUCGUUCGAAUCAGUCCGGGAAAUUACCGGUCACUAGAAGAGGGAAAAAUCAGGACGGUGUUCAACACCGGUCACCGAAUUCCACAACCCAAAAUGAAAACCAAAGGCCUAGAUCGUCAACAUUUUGGACAACUUGUCCGUACUGUUACAGGUUGUUCGAGUAUCCUAAGUUCUACGAAGGUUGUUGUUUAAAGUGUCAGAAUUGCCGGAGAUCUUUUCACGCGGUUUCGAUUCCGACACUUCCACCGUUGGUCCCCGGGAAAGAAGCGUAUUAUUGUUGCUGGGGUUUUUUUCCGUUAGGGUUUAUGUCCGGUAAUCAAGAAGAUGGAGCAAAACCACCGACCGGGUUUCCUAGUUGGAUGCCUUCUACCAUGCCUGGAGUCCAGCAAGAGAACGAAAGAAAUGGAGGCAAUGUGCCAGCUCCGUCGCAACCACCACUGCAAGCAGCUGUUCCACCAGCACCAGCAGCAGCUGUUCCUAAGACAACCGUGAAAAAGGUGGUUGAAAGGAACACUCCGGCGGCUGUUUCUGGUGGAAACGCGCCCAAUUCCACCCCAAGGAAGAGAGGGAGACCAAGGAAGAAUCCCCUUUGAGGUUUCGAUUAGCAAUGCAAUGUUGUUUUUUUUUUUCUUUAAAUAUUUGCCUUAAAAGAAACCUGACCGAAUUGCUGGAGUGUUUUAUGAAGGGAGAACAAAGGGUAAUAGCUGAAGAUGAAACUUUGCUAUGUUGGGUGGAAAUUGUAGGUAUUUCUGUGGUUUUUAAUUGUUGUUGUUUGUAGAUUGUAGAUUGUUUUAAUGUACUAACUAGCACAUCGGUGAUUAUGUAACAUUAUGAUAUGCAGCAAUAACAUGUUAGCAAGUUCUUUAGUUA